AUUAGGUUAGUCUAUAUGCGAUGUUGUGUUUCUGUUAUACAAGAGUACGUGAAAUAGAAAGUUGACGUCUCACAGUUAAAAUAUAGAAUGGAGAUUUCUGUAAUCAAUCAGCUGUUCCUUUGAACAGAUAUCACAAAUCUACGUGAUAUAACGUUAUAAAAAUUAUGAAACAAUGAAAAUAAACAGUAAAUAUAUUCGUAACCCGUUUAUCGCUUAAGUUUUGUUAUGAAAAUGACGUAUCCCGGGCUGGUACUUCUCGUCGGAGUUGGAGUUGGAAUAGCGACUUUCUUGUAUUAUGUGUUCACUGAAAGUAAUCGUGAGAAUGGACAACAACUACAAUAUUCUAGAAAUCGAAGAUCAUCGGACCGUUAUGACGACUGGACGAUGGCAUCUCACCGAUCUGAAAAUACGCUGUUAAAUAGAAGGAGUUCAUCACACUUUUUGAGAACUAAAGAAGAAAAGGAUUUUUCGAAUAAAGAUGAUGUGAACAAUUGUUCAAUUUGCCAAUAUGCAUUAAUUGAAUCAGAAGUAACAGAGGUGCAACCUUGUAAACAUAAUUUUCACAAAGCUUGCAUUGAUGAAUUAAAAAAAUUUGAUCCCACGGCUGUUUGUCCUAAUUGUAGAACUGUAAUGAGCAAACACGCUAUUUAAAUUUAUUAUUACAUUAUAUCAGUAGCGGAUCUAUUGGUAUGCUGAUGAAGUUUAAGCUUCAGAACUUUGGACUUACCAACCAAAUAUUCUAACUAUUUCUGUAUUUGUAGUUGCAUUAUGCAAUUAUAAAAUAUUAAUUUUAUAAAUAUAAAUUAUUUUUCUUUUCU